AUGGUCGACAACCGCUACGCCACGGCUCUGGUCAUCGCCUGCGUGCUGAGCCUGCUGGCCACCGUGUACCUGUCGGUGGCCGUGGCCACGCAGCACUGGUACCAGUACAGCAGCCCCGCCGUGCGCGGGGAGGCCAACGUGUCCGAGCUGCGCUCCAUGUACGAGGAGUUCAUGGACGGGGAGUUCGACGAGAAGACCUACAGCGACACCCUGUUCCGACUCAACGGGACCGUGGGCCUGUGGUGGCGGUGCGUGCUCGUGCCCGCCACCGCGCACUGGCACAAGGAGCCAGGUACGUCGAUGCGCCUGCAUGGAGGCAUGCCUCCCGGCUCACAGCCAGCUUCCUUUGUCAUCACUUAUGCUUCUGGAGAUGAUGGUCACAGUGCAAAACUGGUGCUGGAGUGUCGAAGCUUCACCCUCCUGGAGCAGUUCACGCCUAAAUACAAAGAACCGGGGAACCACAACAGCGGAGAGGACAUGCUGCGCACCUAUCUUUGGAGGUGCCAGUUUCUGCUGCCGUUGGCAUCUCUGGGUCUGGUGGUUUUGGCCGGUCUGACGGGCUUCUGUGCCUGCCUCUGCCAAAGCCUGGCUCCAACGCUGGGAAUUGGAAUGCUUCACCUGCUGGCCAGCCUCUGCACCUUGGCCACAGUGUGCUGCUACCUGGCCGGGAUGGACCUGCUCCACAGGGUGUCCAUGCUUCCGGACAGGGUGGACGGCUCCCUGGGCUGGUCCCUUUACCUGGCCCUCAUCUCCUCGCCUCUCCACAUGAUGGCUGCCGCGCUGCUGGUGUGGGCGGCGCGCAGCCACAGUCAGAACUACUACCGCAUGACCGCCUACAGGGUGGCGUAG